UGCCCUCGGCGGGCGCUGGUCUCCGGGGCUCUGCUCUGGCAACUUGGGGCGUCGAGGGAGAGGGGAAAAAAAUCCGUUGUCUGUCAGCCUGACCGGGAUAGCGAUCGUCUUCCACUCUUACUAGAAGGAGCGCACAAAGAGAGCGGAUUUUUGUUUAUCUGGCGAAGCACAUCAGGAAAUUCCCAGCAAAUAAAUACCGUGAACUCUAUGAAGGAGGAGCUUAGCUGUGGAGUGAAAGCAGAGAAUUUUCUAGUCUUGACACGGUCCUUUUGUGUGUGUGUGUGUACAUGUAUGUGCACUUGUGCAUUUCUGAUGCCUUUUUUGUCUCUGUGUCACCAGCUGUCUCCAUUCUCAGCUUCAAGGAAAUAUUUGCUGUAUCUGCUGAAGUACACCAGGCUGAGGAAUUUUCACAUCACUGAAAGUACAUUGUACAGCUAAACAGAGAAAGAAUGUAUACCAGCAUUUGGGUAUAAUACAUGAAACCAACCACAUUGUCUAAGUUUAUUUUGGAGAAAGAAAACUUCGUUAGCACUUAACAACAGUUUUCCUGCGAGGCAGAAACAGGAGGGAAAAACAUUACUUUAAAGAAAUCUGAAUAUGAGUGCCCACACGCAAACUGCAGAGAAGGGACAGAACACGACACUCCUGUGCCAGGAAAGCUAUGUUUGCAGUGGGACAGAUGAAGCAGUCUUUGAGUGUGAUGAGUGCAGGAGCCUGCAGUGCCAGCGUUGUGAAGAAGAGCUGCAUCAGCCAGAAAGGUUGCGGAACCACGAGCGGACCCGUAUAAGACCCGGCCAUGUCCCGUACUGUGACUCCUGCAAAGGUGCCAAUGGGAACAUAAUGCAUGCCAGUAUGACAGGCUCAAGGCAGAUAGCAGCAGUGAGGUGCCAGGUGUGUAAAAUCAACCUCUGUGUGGAGUGUCAGAAGAGAACACACGCUGGGGGGAACAGAAGGAAGCACCCUGUCACCGUGUACCAUGCUGGCAAAGCCCAAGAACAAGAAGAGGAGGAGGGGAUGGAUGAGGAGACCAAGAGAAGGAAGAUGACAGAGAAAGUUGUGAGUUUUCUCUUGGUGGAUGAAACUGAGGAGAUUCAGGUAAGGAAUGAAGAGGACUUUAUUAAGAAAUUGGACUGCAGUCCUGACCAGCACCUAAAGGUAGUGUCCAUCUUUGGGAACACAGGGGAUGGCAAGUCUCACACCCUUAACCACACUUUCUUCUAUGGCCGGGAAGUCUUCAAGACAUCUCCUGCCCAGGAGUCUUGCACAGUUGGAGUUUGGGCAGCCUACGACCCUGUCCGCAAAGUGGUGGUCAUUGAUACAGAGGGCCUGCUGGGGGCCACUGUGAACCUGAGCCAGAGAACACGGCUGCUGCUGAAGGUCCUGGCCAUCUCUGACCUCGUCAUCUACCGUACCCGUGCUGACAGGCUCCACAAUGACCUCUUCAAAUUCCUUGGUGAUGCCUCAGAGGCUUAUUUAAAACACUUCACCAAGGAGCUAAAAGCCACCACAGCCCGCUGUGGCCUAGAUGUUCCUCUGUCAACUUUGGGUCCAGGUGUUAUCAUCUUUCAUGAGACUGUGUACACCAAGCUACUGGGCUCUGAUCAUCCUUCUGAGGUUCCUGAGAAGCUCAUUCAGGAUCGGUUUCGGAAGCUAAGCUGUUUUCCUGAGGCUUUCAGCUCAAUUCACUACAAGGGAACAAGGACAUACAAUCCUCCAACAGAUUUCUCUGGGCUUAGGCGAGCUGUGGAGCAGCAGCUGGAGAACAAUACUACUCGGUCACCCAGACAGCCUGGGGUUAUCUACAAAGCACUAAAAGCUCUAAGUGACCGGUUCAGUGGGGAGAUCCCUGAUGACCAGAUGGCUCACAGCUCUUUCUUUCCAGAUGAAUAUUUCACAUGUUCCUCUGUGUGCCUCAGCUGUGGGUGUGGCUGUAAGAAGAGCAUGAACCAUGCAAAGGAAGGAGUCCCUCAUGAAUCCAAAAGUCGAUGCAGAUACUCUCACCAGUAUGAUAACAGAGUCUACACUUGCAAGGCGUGUUAUGAACGAGGGAUGGAGGUCAGCGUGGUGCCAAAAACCUCUGCUUCCACAGAUUCCCCUUGGCUGGGCCUUGCCAAGUAUGCCUGGUCAGGGUACGUGAUUGAGUGCCCCAACUGCGGGGUGGUGUAUCGCAGCCGGCAGUACUGGUUUGGCAACCAAGACCCUGUGAACACUGUAGUGAGGACAGAAAUUGAGCAUGUCUGGCCGGGGACUGAUGGAUUUCUGAAAGACAACAACAACGCAGCCCAGCGUUUGUUGGAUGGCAUGAAUUUCAUGGCUCAAUCAGUAUCUGAACUUAGCCUGGGACCCACAAAAGCUGUGACCUCCUGGUUAACAGACCAGAUUGCCCCAGCUUACUGGAAACCCAACUCUCAGAUUCUGAGUUGUAAGAAAUGCAACACACCUUUCAAAGAUAAUGACACAAAGCAUCACUGCCGGGCCUGUGGAGAGGGCUUCUGUGAUGGCUGUUCUUCCAAGACCCGUCCAGUGCCUGAGCGAGGCUGGGGACCAGCACCAGUGCGUGUGUGUGACAACUGCUAUGACAACAGGGGCAUCCAGUUAGAUGUGGCUGAACUGCCUUCAGAUGAGGAAGGGGGAACACUUAUUGCCAGGAAGGUUGGGGAAGCUGUGCAGAACACGCUUGGAGCAGUGGUAACAGCCAUGGACAUUCCCUUAGGUCUGGUAAAAGAUGCUGCCCGACCUGCAUACUGGGUACCAGAUCAUGAAAUCCUGCACUGCCACAAUUGCCGGAAGGAAUUCAGUAUCAAACUCUCCAAACACCACUGUCGGGCCUGUGGCCAGGGAUUCUGUGACGAGUGCUCACACGACCGCAGAGCGGUUCCCUCUCGCGGAUGGGAUCACCCAGUCCGAGUUUGCUUUAACUGCAAUAAAAAGCCUGGUGACCUUUAACCCCAGGCUGCUCUCCAGAUCUUUGCAAUUCCUUAUGUUCUCAGGGUUACAAAUGAAAAUAUCUGGUCUCCCUUUCACCUUCUAACCUGUUGCAGCCAGAGUGCAUGUUUCCAGUUUCUGGCCUCCUCUCGUGUUAUAUCCAUCUUGGAACGCUGGGAAUGAGCUUACAUUCAGCCUCUAGGUUUUAAUUUCAAAUUAACUGGGAAAGGGAGGGAGCUCCCUUAUAAAUGAGCAAACCAAAAUCCAGUGUAUUUUAUUCCAAUAAAAAAAAUAAUCUAUAUAUAUAUAUCAACUAUGUAUAAUUUAGUAUAUUAAGAAUAUGGUUGAAUAUUGAAGCUUUGAAUAUUCCUAGUUCAAAUGAUGGAUGAUGUUCCUUACUGUAUUGGAUCAGAAUUAUGGCCUUCUAAUUCUUCUUUUGGAAUGUCUUGCUGAUCGUGAUGUCCUGUGAGGAAGAUUUGGACUCUGUGCUGCCAGGAAUCUCCAGUGUUGAUACAUGAAUUACACCUGGUAGUUCAACCAUCUCUGCAUCUGGAGGUGCUGCCCUUCUGGCCAUGGAAGAUUAAACCCAGAUUUAUUAGCAAGUUUGUUUGAACUUUUGAUAUGAGCAAUGGUCUUGCAGUGCAAGAGGUAUCAAGAUAACACAGACUCCUUGGCAGAGACUGGUAGAGCUCUGAGAGGUAAAGCAAAUCCUAUAGCAUGAGGCAGAGCAUUCUGAUUUCGCCAUUUCACCUUCAAUACCAGAUCAAAAGGUAACAGGGUUUUUCUCUCCCUGACAAUGUUUUCAUGUACUCAGGUUUUCUUAAAGUUUCUCUGCAAGAUCAUUGCAGUUAAAAGUUUUGUCCAGAGCAGAAGAAGAGAACAAGUUUUGUAGGCAAUUCUGAGAUAUGAAGUUUGAAUUGUUCGGGUUGUGAUGACUUUCCUUUUCCCCCACUUCUUAAGUGAUCCUGUAGUCUCUGAAGCCUCUGUGUUCUCAGAAAUGGUUGCAUAGAAAGUGCACAGAUUUGAACUUUCUUCUAAUAAUAUGAACUUGCAAAUCAACCUGGAAAAUGGGAACCUUCUUUGCUCCUAGCAGCUGGCACUCACUGGACUUCAUCCUUUUAUGAAAGGACUGCAAUGAAUUCACUGAUUUUAUUAUGAAAAACACCACUUAACCUAACUUAUACUGUCAUGUACUGUGGAUUUGUGGUUCCACUUAUAAGAAGUAAGAGACCAUUGUGGAUUAAACUGCCUAAAAUUCUCCCUUCUUGGCUUAUACAGACAAGAAUUCUUUCACCACAUGAGAGUUGCCUCCUCUUGGAGUGGUUGGAGUUUAAUGCAGUGUCCUGGAACUGUGGUAUUUUUUCCCCAGCUUAUUAAAUGUGCUCUUGUGUAGAUGAGUGCCCAACACCCUGUUUUAAGACUGUAUUAAAUUAACUGCUAUAAAGAACUUUAUCUUCUGAACAAGCGUACUGACUUUCCUUGUAACAAGCGGUUCUCACUUUGUCUCUGAAAGAACAUGCUCACAAAGUGUUUGUCCUUUCACAACAACAUCCAGCCUACACAAGCAAGUAGACUUAGAAGACGUUCCAGGACACCUUCGAUACUGGCCAAUUUUACAGUGGACUCUCUUAUGUUUUUGUAAGCAAAAGUCUGCCAUAAACUGACAGUUGUCCAAGUAAGGGCAUGAGUAGGUAGAAAUCCUCUCUUGAAAGACUUUCUGUACAUCUAGCAUAAUUCUGUGCUUCAAAGUAUUCUUUAUUUUUUUAAUGGGUGAGCAAUGUGUUCUUGGUUUGUAGGCUGUGCCCUGUGUGCUGUUCAUGCAUGUGGCUUUACUACCAUGUUAAUGCACAAAGAGAAAGCAGCCAUGACAUUCCUUGUAUAAAAUCUUUGGCAUCUGUUUCAACAACUUGUCUGAUUUUUUUUCCUUGUUAAAGCAAGAACUACUACUCAAUCAAAAGGAAAAUGAUGUCUAAACAUUUUUAAUAUAUAUGUGGUCUUAGUAGCUUAGCAACCUGUCAGUAUCAGAGUCCCUUCUUGAUAGAUUACCCUGGAGCUGAAUCUUCUGUGAUAUUUCUUUAUAAAGCAAAGUCUUACGUGGUGCUUGAACUGCAGCAGGCUUGGUGUUACCCUUCUGGGGAAUGCUGAGAGCUAUAUUUGGUCUCUUUGUUUUCCAAAAAGGAAGGAAAAAAAAAGGUAUCUAAGGUUUAAGUUCCCUGCUGUUUUCUGUACAGAAUAGCACUUAUUUUUUCUGGUACUGUUUGGUGCUGUGAGUACACAGUAUGGAAUAUGGUUAUUAAAUGCCAUAACUAUUUAAAGGGGAUAGAUGUUAUCAGAGCCCAAUGCUAUUCAGUGUUAGAGCAUUAGGAUUCAAUAAACAAAAUAGCCCUAAGAGAUGUCUGUGGGACAGAAAGUUCUACAGAAAACUUGCAUGAAGGAAAUGGAAAUCCUGGGGGGAAAAAAAAUCCCUAAAGCAACAUGGGAGCAUGUUGUGUUUGGGGUGUGACUGUCAGUAGAAACCUGUGAGAGUUCUAUUCCUGAAGCAUUAGGAGAGAUGGGUAGAACUAUUUGUGUUAUGGGUAGCACCUGCCAAGAGUGAAUUUUUGGAAAACCUGUCAAAAGCUCACAGCAACACUGUUGGAGCUAUGCAAAAGCACAAACUGUGAGUUUCAUAAUGGUACCAUGAGGCAGGUCUGACAGUAAUGCGACUCCUGUGUGAAAAAGUCUUCUGUAUUGACAAGGGAAAGAUUGAAGGAGAUUGUUUUUCAGGAAAUUUCUAGAAAAGCAUCACUAUGUGUGUUACACUGAAGAAAUUACCAUGAAGUUGCAGUUGGUCAAGAUGAUAAUGUGUCCUUUGGGUCAACUGAAGUUCACUGUAAUGUUAAUAUUUUAGCAGUUAGUAUUGCCACACUUGGUAAGGUAAUGAAUUCAAUUGGUAUGAGAUGGGACAUGAUAAAAGCAUGUUCUGAGUUAGACUGAAGUUGACUGAUGUUAAUCUCUUGCCAGAAAAAUUAUGUCAGACUGAUUAUUGACAGCAUCUGCACCCCUUCCAAUUAGGAAGUGCUAUGGAAACCAUCGAGUAAAACAGCAAUCAUGAACUUGCCAAUAUGCAAAGGAUGUGUGCUCCAGUAAAAAACCGAAUUCCUUACCCAGAGCACCACAAAACAAGUCUAGCCUUGUUGAUUGCUUUAUUCUGAUGGAUUUAUUUCCAUUAUAGGUACAUAUGACAGUUCAGCAUGAAGAUUCCUCUUUCAAAUAGAUGAUGUGGGUUUCCCUGUAAUUCUGUGAAGCAGAUAAAUGUAAGCUUCAUAUAGAUGUGGACACUUCUACUUGAGAGUCCCUAUCCAAACCCUGUAGGCCAUUCUUGGCUUACAUGUGUACCAGGUGCAUGUUGCACCUGAGACUUGCAGCCAGGGGACAGAUGGUGGAACAGCAUGGCUGCAGCACAUAGCUGCUGUCUGGGUAGGAACAGGCUCUAAGGUGGAGUUACUUGCACAAGAAAAACUGCUUUGUCCUUCAUUCCCUGCCCUCCCCCACUUCCACCCCCUGCACUGGUCUUCCUGUUCCUUCAUUCUCCUGCCCAGUGCCUUGCAGGUGAAGUUGCACAGACUGAAGUUGGCCAAGGUAUUCUGUAUGUUCCUGUCUGUGUCCCUUGGGAAUUUGACCUUUGGUUGUGUUCUGGAAGACAAGACAACUCUUGCUAACUUUUGAUGUCAACAAGAGUUCAUUUGUGGAAAUAAACACCAUCAAUUUAGA